GUCGCGUUUGCUUUCCAAUCGUUCUCCGACGUCACACCUCUUAUUCAAAUAGUGACUUCUGACUAUCAAGGGCUCUAUAAAAAGCAUUGUGAGCCUGUUAUCGUGUUGGCAGAGCGCAAUGCGUCCCACAAGCAGCACAAUGCUCGCGGCGAGCAUGCUCAUCAGCGUCUCAGCGGCUUCGAUAAGCGCGACAGAAGCACCAACUCUCACAUCAGCAUCGUUCUCAUCGUCAACUCCACAACCAUUCACCAACGCAUUCGAUCCCUUCUUAGGAGACAUCGCCUUCCUAUCACCAGCACAACGAGCAGCCGAGAACAUCAACAACGCAACCGAAUCAUACUCCUCCGCCGCCGCCCACGACUUCCUAAAGAAACGCCAAUCGGGCACGAACUGUCCCUCCUCAUUCAACUCCUGCUCCUCAAUCGGCGCCGCAAAUCUCUGCUGUAUCAGUGGUACUACCUGCACAGCGGACUUCGCCGGCCGCGGUGCCUGCUGCCCUGUAGGCGCAGUGUGCACGGGUACCGUCCUCGGUGUCAUCACGGCUGGAACACUCAAUGGAAACGGGGUACUGGUGACAGCAACCACGACAGCGACGGGCACUGCUAGCAACAAUGCGAAUGGAGGAUUGGUGACCCAAAACUCGCCGCUUCCGACGACGGUGUAUGCGCCGACACAGAUGACUUCGGCGGUGCAGGGUGCUGGAGGAAACGGCGCGACGAGUAAUGGAGGGUUCAUUGUCGCGGGCACGAAUACGGUGGCAACAUUUGGAGCUGCGGCGAGAGGCGCAGAGAUCCCUAUGGUUGCAAGCCUGAUCAUUCGCGCGCUGCAAUAUCUCCCGCUGUGAAAGGAUGACAUUGCAGGCAUACAAGAAGGUGGCGAUAUGCGAAGAGAUGAAAUGAUUUUUGGCAUGAAGACAAAUUGACGUACUGCGAGCGAGUUUUUGAGCUAUGGCGUUCUGAGAUCGGAGAAAGGGAAACUUGCAAACUUGAUCAGCUCAACGAAAGAGGAGGCAUGCGAGCAAGCGAUUGGAUUAUUGCUUUUGAACAAGUUUUGGUGUGUGAUAACCAAGUGUGAACGCAUUGAUGAAAUACAUGCUGUACGAUUACGAAUAGAGUUGUCUUUCAGACCUUGACCUUAUGAGAUAUAUGACAGGACCAAGCUUGAUUUGAGCAUCA